AGAGAUGAAACAGCUGCAACCGCUUCUCCCUCAAGGUGGGAUCAUCAACAGGCAGAGCUCCUACCAUGCCCACCACCUUCUCUUCAGACUCAGCCACCCAGAAGCAGGAGCCAUGCUCACUCAGGCACUUGGCCCUGCUUUCAGACAGUGAAACUGAAUCUUGGAAGUCUAAAGGGACUCAGGUGUGAUUGUGAGCUCCUAAAGGUAGCAAACCAUGUGAUUUCUUCUGACUCUAUUUCCUCUUCUGCCAGUAGUUUUCCUGAGCUCGAACUCUACUUUUUGCAACAAGCAGAAUGUACACAUGUUAAACAAGGGCACACAAGCAGGUAACUUGGAGAUUGUGAACGGUGCCGAAAAACACACUCGAGCCAACUCCAAGUUCCAGCGAGGCUAAAUUGGAAGAGGACAGUGAUGUGACUUCUUGGUCAGAAGAAAAACAUGAAGAGAAAAUGCUCUUUACCGGUUAUCCUGAGGACAGAAAGUUAAAAAAGAACAAGAAGAAUUCCCAUGAAGGAGUUUCCUGGUUUGUUCCUUUGGAAAAUGUGGAGUCUAGAUAAAAAGAAGGAAAACAUGCUUAAGACUCAUGACCCUGGCAUCUCCCGGUUGGAACCAGUAACCAAGACCAAGCCGUGGAGGGAGCCACUGCGGGAGCGGAACUGGCAGGGGCAGCACCUGGACAGUCGGGGCUCUCUGGCAGGCCCAGGCAGAGAGGAUGGCAGAAACCCACUGAAGCUGUUUGUGAGAGCAACCCUGCAGGAAUCGCUUCAGUUUCACAGACCUGACUUCAUCUCCCACAUUGGGGAGCGGAUAAAGCGCCUCAAGUUGAUAGUCCAGGAGAGGAAGCUGCAGAGCAUGUUAAAGAGCGAGCGGGAUGCGCUAUUCGACAUUGACAGGGAACGGCAGGGCCACCAGAAUCGCAUGCGCCCACUACCCAAGAGAGUCUUCCUGGCUAUCCAGAAGAACAAACCUAUCAGCAAGAAGGAAAUGAUUCAGAGGUCCAAAUGGACACAUGCAGGAGGAACAGUAGCACAAAGGCUUCCUGGUGCCUUGUGGGUGAAAGAAAGGCUGCCAGGGAAAGGAGAGAAACACCCAGGGAUCCCGGUGACGUCGGGAAGCAGCAUCCAGACCAUGUAAGGACACUGCCUACAGGGGGAGACUCAAGGCCUGGGAAGGUUUUCUAAUCUGUCUUGAGUCAGGUGGGGGGAUUUCCUGGGAAAGGAAAACCAGACA